GGCGCACCAUUUUUGCACACGACACGUAGACUUCCUCUUUUCCAUCGUUGCUCAAAAUGGUGUUUAAACGGUUUAUUGAGAUUGGCCGUGUGGCAUACAUUGCCCAUGGUAAGGAUGCUGGCAAACUGUGCGUCGUCGUAGAUAUAGUCGACCAAGCAAGGGUAUUGGUUGAUGGUCCCUGUUCUGGUGUGAUGCGACAAGCUGUCAACAUGAAAAGACUCCAUCUUACAAAGUUUGUGCUCAAGAUUCCCCAUUCAGUCAGAACCAAAAUUGUCAGGAAAGCCUGGGAAAAAGACGAAAUCACCAAGAAAUGGCAAGAUACCACAUGGGCAAAGAAAAUUGUAAUUAAAGAGAAGAGGGCACAACUUACAGAUUUUGACCGUUUCAAGCUCAUGAAGGCAAAACAAGCGCGAGGCAGAAUUAUCCGUACCCAGUAUAAUAAAAUGAAGAAAGAGGCGGCUAAAGCCAAGUAAACAAGAUGCCGAUUUGUAUUUGUUACUGUCUAGGGGUUAAAUAAACAACAGACGUUACAAA